CAAUUUAAUUCAGCCACUAGAAAUUUUUUUAAUUCUAUCUAAUCGAGAAUAUUUAACUAAUCAAAUUGUUUAAUUAUCGGCAAAUUAUUCCGAAAUUUUAAUCGUUACAAAAUAAAAGUUUGAAAACCAAUUAGGACGAAUAGUCUUUUUCUCUUCCGAUAGAUGUCACUAGUUUUUGGAGAACAAAAAGUUCGAAUUUAAAUUUUGUUCUUUUCUUUUUUCAUUUUGACUCAUUAGUUGAAUCUUUUCAUUUGGUUUAAGAUUUUGUUUCAUUUGUUUUGGUGAUUAUUUUUUUUGAUUCUUCAAUUUAAUUGCUUCAAUUGAUCUUCGUUCGUUAGUGCAAAGGAAAUAUGGAACUUUCAGUUGAAGAAUAUGCUAUAGUGAAAAGAAAACACGAUCAGAUGAAAAAAAGACUUGAGAUGUUUCGUUCGCAGGUUGAAUUCCUUUGGAAUAAUUACACUGAAAAGGAGAAAAUUCUUCGCACUAUUUCGGAAAGUUUGGCUAUACUUGAUGAACAGAAGAAAAAUCCAAGUGACCUGGUUAAACAGAAUAUCGCCAAAGUCAUCAAGAAAUAUGACCAAGAAAUUACGCCAAAAUUAGAUGAUAUAACUGCGUCUACAAAGAACCAUAUCCAUCAAUCUUUAGAUGAAUUAAACAACAUAUUAAAUACUUUCAAUUUCAUCGCUGCUUAUGUGGUCACUUGUGAUACCAAACAUGAUAAUAAGACAGAGGUUAGAGAGUAAUUGGUUACAGAAUUACCGAGAUCAAUGAGAUGUGAGUUCUCCAGGAAUACGGAGCUCAAAGAAAAGGAAAUAAUCAGUCGAAAAUCAUAAUACUUUUUUUGUAAAACGUUAUUUUGUUAAAAGAGAUGUAAUUCUGUUACCCUUCGGACCAAUAAUCUCUUUCAAGAAUCAACAUUAAAUUUGUUUCAUUGAGAAAAUUGUAUUCUUA